AUGCGUGUCCAACAGCUUUCUGUUCUUGCUGCCUUUGCUUCUACCGCGUCUGCUUGUCAGCGCGACUUUAAUCUAGAAGCGAGGCAUACCCAUCGCAAGCCGCUUGUCAAGCGCAAUGAUCAAUGGCCUCCCAUAUUGAAUGAUCACGAGACUCUAUUGGUCAAUUCGUUUGACAACGUCUCCAUUGAUGAGUGGUCCGACUAUUACGGCCACCAGAACAAGCUCGCUGGCUACGGCAAAGACGCUGCGCAAUGGACAGCGGACCGAUGGAACGAGAAUGGCGUGGAUGCUCAUCUCAACGAGUACCACGUUUUCCUGCGGUACCCAGUCAGUGCUUCUCUGCAACAUACCAGUGCCAGCGGUGAAGUAUCAGAGGUAAACCUCAAGGAGGAUGUACUAGAGGAAGACGACGUUACAGGAUUGGAUGUGAUCUCCCAACAGACGUGGUUGGGCUACUCUCCUACUGGUAAUGCGUCUGCCGAAUACGUCUAUGUCGGCCGUGGCUCCAUCGAUGACUUUGAGAGACUCGUCGAGCUCGGCGUUGAGAUCAAGGGCAAGAUUGCUCUGAUCAAGUACGGUGGCUUGUUCCGCGGGCUCAAGGUCAAGAACGCUCAGGACCACGGUGCCAUUGGAGCCGUCAUAUUUACUGACCCCGGUGACGAUGGUAACGUCACGGUUGCCAACGGCUACGAGGCCUAUCCUAAUGGCCCUGCUAGAAACCCCAGCUCUGUGCAAAAAGGUUCAACUCUCUUCCUCUCAACUCACCCUGGCGACCCUACAACUCCUGGCUAUCCCUCUCACAAAGAUGCACCCAGAGCCGAUUACUCUGAUGUGAUCGCCAAGAUCCCCUCUCUCCCCAUCUCGUACUUGGCAGCCGAGCCUCUGCUGAAGGCUCUCGACGGCCACGGCAUUUCUGCCGAAACUGUCAACCGAACAAGGUGGACUGGUGCACUCGACGCCGAAUACAGCACUGGUCCUGCCCCAGGCGUUAAGCUGUCUCUUGAUGUGGUAUCUCGCGACAGUAUCGCUCCGAUUCACAACGUCAUUGGUGUCAUCAACGGUACCAACGCCGAUGAGACAAUCGUCAUUGGAAACCACAGAGAUACCUGGAUGGUCGGCGGCAACGGAGAUCCCAAUUCUGGAUCUGCUAUCCUUGUCGAGUUCACUCGGGCCCUCAAGAAGCUCCAGGAUGCUGGCUGGAAGCCCAAGCGAAACAUUGUCUUUGCUUCCUGGGAUGCCGAGGAAUGGGGUCUCAUUGGCUCUACUGAAUGGGUUGAGGAGCACGUCAACUGGCUCACCGAGACAGCUGUCUCGUAUCUCAACAUUGAUGUUGCCGUCUCUGGCCCUCGACCUAACCUGGCCACUACUCCUGAGCUUCAUACGCUCGCGACUGAGACCAUGAAGAAGAUCAUCCAUCCCAACUUUGGUGGCUUCAACAUCUCGCUCUACGAUGCUUGGCAUGAGGCAUCCGGCGGUGUCGUCGAGGUCCUCGGCUCUGGAUCUGACUACACACCUUUCCUCCAUCGGGGCAUCAGCUCUUUUGAUGUCGGAAGUUCGGGUGGUGCCGGCGAUCCCAUCUGGCACUACCACUCCAACUAUGAUACCUACCACUGGAUGGCCACUUUCGGCGACCCUGGUUUCCAUGUGCAUGCCUCUCAGGGUCAGUACCUGGCUCUCAUCGCGUACCACUUGGCCAGUGAUGAGAUCCUCCCCAUCGAUACCCAGAACUACGCUGUCGAGCUUCGAGCCUACUAUGACGACCUCGUCGAGUACACCGAAGGAGCAGGUGCCGACCUGGAGCUUUCUGAGCUCGAUGAAGCCAUCAAGCACUUCAAGAAGAGCGCCGACGAGGUCAAGGCCCUCGAGAAGAUCGCCGUUGAGCGCAACGACGAGAUCCUCAAGAAGGUUGUCAACCACAAGUACCGCGACUUCCAGCGUGGUUUCAUCUCACAAGGCGGUCUUCCCAACCGUGAGUUCUACAAGCACGUGGUGACCGCCCCUGGUCUCGAUACAGGAUACGCUGCUGUGACGUUCCCUGGCAUCACCGAGGGUGUUCAGUAUGCCAAGGACGGCGACUAUUCCGUGGCCCAGGACUGGGUUAGCAAGACUGCUCGGGGUAUUGUCGUGGCUGCCAAUAUCCUCAAGACUUAA